ACCAACAAAUCCUCCCCCAAACUAGUAGCUACUCGUACUUGGAGUGCUGAUAAGCAUCAGUAAUCUGCGGAUUCACUUCUUCACAACAGAGAAAACGGCCAAUCGUCACUGGGAGAGAUGACUUCCACUCCCAUUCAUACAUAAUACAUCACCCGCACCAUCGUCAUCCUCGCACCUGCUACGAACUUUGCAUCGGUGAUAUUGCGACCGAGAACCCUCAAUGGCUGGUGAAGAGAGACCUGCGACUUCGAUAAUUGCGACCAAGGGGGCCCCCCUUACAAAAGCCAUGGCUAAUGGAAAGGCUUCGGCUGUUCCACCGAAGUUGAGCGACGACGACCAUGUCGAGAUGGACGAUAUUAUUGCCGACGGUCCUGUCAGUGUCGAGGAGGAUAUAAUGCAGUUGGCACGCCUUGGAGAUGUUCCGGCGAUGGAGAAGCUAUUUCAGGACGGCAAGUUCGACGCCACACAUUGCGAUGAGGAAGGGAUAACGCCCUUGCAUGUACGUGGAUUUUUGUUCUCCCGAAACUCCAUGCUGAUAUUCGUUUAGUGGGCGGCCAUCAAUAACCAGUAUGCCAUGUGCCAAUUCCUUCUGAAGGAGGGAGCCAAUGUCAAUAAAAGGGGGGGAAGUUCGGUCGCUACGCCUGCCAUGUGGGCUGCGCAACGUUGCCAUUACUAUACUGUCCACCUCCUACUUGAACACGGCGCGGAUCCUCUGAUUACAGAUGCUCAAGGCUAUAAUAUUCUCCAUCUAGCCACUUUCGAGGGAAACAUCUUCCUUCUGGUACUGCUACUCCACCAAAACAUCUCCGUUGAUAUUCCAGAUAGCCAUGGACAUACCAGUCUCAUGUGGGCUGCAUACAAAGGAUAUCCUGCCUGCGUGGAUCUGUUUUUGAGAUGGGGGGCAGAUGUACAUGCAGUAGAUGAGACUGGGUUUACUGCCUUACAUUGGGCUCUCGUAAAGGGAUCCCAAGGCUGUAUACAAAAAUUAAUCGAAUAUGGAGCGGAUCGAUUUGCCGAGACCUCGAAUGGAAAAACUCCAGCAAUUACAGCGGAGGAAAUGAAGACAGAGAGGAUAUGGCACCGAGCCUUGAUUGAAUGCGGUUAUAACGAUGAUGCGAUGCCCAGAACACUCGAUUUCCCCGGAAGUUCGUUCUUGAUGAAGGACAAGCGGGCUUUUAUGGCAAAAUUCUUCUUCUUAUUCCCCUUUUUAAUCAUGUUUGUUAUGAUUAUGAUUGCAAGUCAUAUGGUGGUGUUUGCCGGCGUUCCAAUUGCUCUUUUUGCGGGCUAUUCAUUACAAUGGGUUGCACAGAAGGUGAUGGAAUAUGCGCCGACUGAUAUGAGACAUAUGCACAAAACUGUAAGCUUGGUCCGCCCAACUUCUUGGUCACAUUGCUAAUUUAGUAGCCUUGGUUGGCUGGUAUAUUCGCGGGGACCCUGUUUUGGGUAGGGUUGAGAUGGUUGACGACUAUUCUUCCAGGUAAUAUAUCCUUUACUGCUACCGAGAUGUACAAUUAACAGUUUUAGCAACUUACUCGACGUAUCCCAUAAGCAAUCUCAUGUUUUUGACUUCCUAUACAUUAUGUGGAUACUUUUACUUCUGUACAAUGGUUUACGAACCUGGGUUUGUUCCAAAACUCGGUGGUUUAGGUCCUCAAAAGGCUGUAAUUGACGAACUCUUGAGCUUGUGGAAAUUCAAUGAGCAGAACUUCUGCGUCCCAUGCAUGGCUCGACAACCAUUAAGAAGCAAACAUUGCAAGAGAUGUCGCCGAUGUGUUGCCAAGCAUGAUCAGUAAGCUUGACGUUAUAUGUUCUUGUGUAAAACGUGCUGAUUAUUUUUAGCCAUUGUCCUUGGGUUUACAACUGCAUUGGUAUCAACAACCAUCGCCAUUUCUUCCUCUACUUGCUCACUUUGGAGAUUGGUGUUAUUUUCCUCGUGAGGUUAGCACUUGGCUGUAAGUUUCUCUAUGACAGGAUGCUUAAAGAUGACGCUAAUGGUCCCUCAGACUUCACAUUUGUUACCGAUAAAACCAACGGGGAUAAGGAAUGCAACAUACUCUCUCCAGAGUUAUGUCAAGUCGUGAAUGCAGACCCAUAUACACUUGUACUGUGUAUAUGGGCGGCACUACAAUUAACGUGGGUCACCAUGUUGAUGUUCGUCCAACUAGUCCAAAUUUCACGAGCCAUGACAACCUGGGAGAACAUGCGAGGCUCCUCCCACGCUCACGGAAGCAAAGCAUCAGCAGCGAUCACCUCAGCCCUCACAACCGGCACAACCUCCCGAUCGGGCGCCCAAAUCGGUGACACAGGCAUGGGACCUGACCCGGCUCUCCCAUCAACCCACGCCAAUGGGCCAGGACACCAUCACAAAGAAGGCUGUUUCAAGCAGUGGAAGAAGAUCCUCGGCGUUGACACUUUUGUGGAAACCGCUCUAGGGGACAAGACGAAGAGGAGACGUAAUCGCAAUCCCUUCUCGAACGGGUGUAUGGGGAAUUGCAAAGAUUUCUGGUGUGAUCCUGCGCCGAUGUUUGGCCAGAGGGAGAAUGGGACCGCGUUGUUGGCGGGACAGGUAGUGGAUUAUACGGCGAUGUAUGAGACGCCUCGGCUGAUGACGAUGCGGUCGAGGGGGGGUGCGGCGUAUGAGAGUGUGGGGACGGAUGAUUCUGUAUGAUGAUUGUGCUGGGGUUGGCUUUGCUUGUUGGUUGAUUCGUGCGUGUGUGGCAUGGUUUGCGUGUAGUAUAUAUGUUUAUGAAGGAUGGGCUUACUUUUGGGCUUCUUCUUUUUGAUUGGGCGAGGCAUUGGGAAUGCGGGUUGCGGGUUGCGGGUUGUGGAUUGCGGGGUUCUUUCUGAGAUUCCGAGAAAGUUGAGGUGAGGUGAGGUGUGUGUGUUUAUGUAAUGCGUGAUUGAGUAGUUGAUUGGGUGGUUGAAUGGUUGGCUGGUUGAUGGAGCGAGCGAGAGAUAAGAUGAUAGAGAUGAUAUUAUGAAUGAGUGAUUGAUAGAUAUCCUCUUUUCUCUGUCCUUGUUUGGUUGUAUAUACCUUAAUACCUUAUAUCGCUUAUGUAUCGUUUAGGUAGGUUACCUGGUGCUAGGUAAAUUUACUGUAGGACCAUUUUUG